ACCACUCUAUGCGGCUUUUCAUAUUCAAUGAUUUUUCCAAGAUGAAGCUCCUAUCAAUUGCCGACACAAGAUUUGCCUCGUGGAUUAUUAUGUUGAAGAGGUUUAAGGUCGUCAAGAGAGGCCUCUAAGACAUGGUCCUUAGUGAUCGAUGGAGCUUAUAUAGAGACGAUGAUGUGGAGAAAGCUCAAUUUGUGAAAGAGAAAGUCCUCGAUGAUUUGUGGUGGGACAAGAUAGAUUUUAUUCUUGACUUCACCGGCCCAAUCUAUGAAAUGAUAAGGGUCACCGACACUGAUACACCAUGUCUUCAUUUGGUGUAUGAUAUGUGGGAUACAAUGAUUGAGAAGGUGAAGCAAGCUAUUUACAGGCAUGAGGGUAAAAGGGAUAACGAGGAAUCUCCUUUUUAUGAGGUGGUUCACAAGAUCUUGGUGGAUCGAUGGAACAAGGGAAACACCCCGCUUCAGUGCUUGACACUCUUUAGUUCCAAGGUAAUAUUUCACAUUUUACUCUUUAAUGCGAAUAUUUCAAUUAAUUUUAAUACAUGAAUUUCUUCUCACAAACAUAGGUACUAUCAUUCCACAUGGCUCAAUGAGAACGUCAAUCGGCAACCUCCAAAUCAAGAUCUUGAGAUCUCUACAGAAAGAUCAAAGUGCUUAAGAAGAUAUUAUCCUAACCCCGAUGAACGAUUGAUGGUGAACUUGGAAUAUGCUAAGUUUGUAGGGUCUUUGGAGGCUUUUGGUGAUCCGGAUUCUCUUUCCGAUAGAGGACAUAUGGAUCCAAAGUCAUGGUGGCUUCUUUAUGGUGCAAGUGCUCCAAAUUUGCAAGCAUUGGCCAUAAAGCUUCUAGGCCAACCUUGUUCCUCUUCUUGUUGUGAACGGAAUUGGAGUACGUAUGGUUUCAUUCACUCCUUAAAGAGGAACAAGCUAACCCCGACACGGACGGAGGAUCUUGUUUAUGUUCACACCAACAUUCGUUUACUUUCUCGGAAUUCGGAAGAGUAUAUGGAAGGGGAAUCAAGAAUGUGGGAUAUUGGUGGAGAUGCCUUCGACUCAUUUCAAGGAGCCGGCAUGUUAGAUGUUGUUGCCCUUUCUCUUGACGAGCCCACGAUGGAGGCCAUUGUGUUUGAUGAGGAUGAAAGAGUUGAAUCCAUAGAAUAAUCUUUUUGAUGUUUCAACUUAAAAACUUUAUUUUAAGAUAUGCUUUUGAGUGUAAUUUUUAUAUUUUUGUAAUGUUAGUAACUUAGUAUUUUGUAGUCAUUGAACUAGUUGCUACUUGAACUUUAUUCUCUUGUAUUUUUAUAUGCUCAAGAUGAAAGUAGUGAAAAUUAAAAAAUCUAGCCGUGUCGCCGUAUCCUAUUUUUUGGGGUUUUGCUGUAUCCGUGUCCGUGUCCGUGUCGUGUCCGUGUCGUGUCCGUGCUUCAUAGG